GGGAUUGCUUUAUAUGGGACCUCUUCUAUUUCCUCACUUCGCAGUUUGUAUGACCACUUCACCCUCCCCUCCAUCACUCUCUGGGUUUUUGUACCCGGGCUCCCGUUCUUUACUCUCCAAUACCCGCACGCACAGACUCAAAAACUCUUGUUUCGGUCAGAGUUCAUUGUAGGGAUGGAUUCUUCCCGUGCAAAACAUCAGCAAAUGUCUAACCCAUCACUGGAGAACAUGAUAGCCUGCUCAAAAGCACAACAAGAGAGGAAGCCGAGACCUCAGCCAGAAGAAGCACUGAAAUGCCCGAGAUGUGACUCCACCAACACCAAAUUCUGUUACUACAACAAUUACAGCCUUUCUCAGCCAAGAUACUUCUGCAAGUCAUGCAGGAGAUAUUGGACCAAAGGAGGAACAUUGAGGAAUGUUCCGGUGGGUGGAGGCUGCAGGAAGAACAAGAGGUCUUCGUCAUCAAAGAGGGGUCAAGAUCAACCACUCACCCACAACAACCCACUUGCUACCAUCCCUUCGUUAUCUUAUGAUUCAGAUGACCUCACCCUCGCAUUAGUUAGGCUGCAAGAGCAAUCCUGUACUGCUGGGCAAUUGGGUUUUGAUGAUCAUGAUCUUUCUAUUUUGGGGAAUCCCACGAGUUCCCAUUUUGAUAUUCUUGGCAAUCCCGCAAAUCCUGGCUUUUUAGAUGCAUUUAGAAGUGGAUUCGGGGAAAACCAGCGGAGUAAUAAUCUGCAGAAUCUGUAUUGUGGAUACGGAAAUGGGGGCAUGGGAGAGGUGGACAAGGGCAACGAGGAGAUGAUGCUCCCCUAUGAUCAAGAAAUCAACAAUGCACCCACAACGCAAGCUGUGUUGGUCACUACUAUGAAGCAAGAAAUAAUGUGUAAUGGCAGGGAACAGAGUGAAAACAAUGUGUUGUGGGGUCUCCCAUGGCAGCUCAAUGGAGCCAUAAACAUGGGUGGCAUGGGUGGGCUCGAUUCAGGAAGAGCAAGUUGGAACAAUGGUCUCAGUUCAUCUUGGCACGGUCUUCUUAAUAGUCCCCUAAUGUAGACAGACACUUGAAGCUUCUCCACUGGUCAUAAGAAGAGACGAAACAGAGGGACUCAUUUCCUCUCAUGACUAAAAUUAAAUAUCGGUUUUUUAACUUACAUUUCUCUAGAGUUUUGGGCUAAAAUCAAGGAAUUUGAUUCGCUUGAAUCGCCUCUCUUUUUGUUUCUGGCUUGCCGUUUUUCCCUGGCCACUCAUUAGCAAAUGUCAAAUUUUUUGUACUGCCAUAUUUUUGUUGAAUAGACUAAUGAGAUAGCAGAUUUGUUCGCUAUUUUAGCCAAACUUAGAGAGUCGUGAAAGUAUGUUGCUUAUGUUAACCAGGAGGUAACGAGAGAGGGGCAUUGGGCUGGGGGGGAGUGAGAAGCAGCACCAGGACGAUAAUUCGUAGUUUGUGCGGUCUGAAUCGUCUGAAUCGCUGACCAGUCUUGGUCUUUGAAAUGUCGGUAGCUUCAAGGUAUGAGUUAUGACAUCGUCGUAUUUUCACCACAUAGAUUCCUGGAAUUAAAAUACUGCUUUCCAUAUUAUUUUUAUAUUGGAGCCGAUGAGACCAUCUCGUAUCCCUACGAAUUAAAAAUUUCAGUGAAGCAUGACCAGCAACCUCGGAAUGAUUUUUGUCUCUCUCGGCAGUCAGCAGGCAUAUCCAAAUGAGGAUUUGGCAGGAACAGUCAGUGACAGAUUGAACGUUAAUAUGCCUCAGCAAUCAAUGAGGAUGCAUGGGGUUCGCUGGAUCACGGUUUGAAUUUCUCGCGGGGCUCCGCAUUCAAAAGCACUAUAAAUCAACAGCGAUUUAGAAUAAAUGCAUGCCUUCGCACGAAGUCCUUGAUCGCUGUUCUGUUACUGUGUCAAUGGGCUGAGCCAUGUUAUUAAUCUCAUACAACUGUGUCAGUGUGUAGUUUUAUAUAAUCAAUCUAGAACACUAUUUUUUAUAUUUUUACUAUCAAA